AUGACCACCAGCGAUCAGCCGGAAUCAGGCACCAGGUCGGAACCCGCCCCCCAGUCGGUGACCGGCCCACGCAUCAACAAGGGGCUGGUGAUCGUCAACACCGGCACCGGCAAGGGCAAGACCACCGCUGCCAUGGGCGUGAUGCUGCGGGCGUGGGGCCGCGACAUGAAAGUCGUCAUGCUCCAGUUCAUCAAGCACACCACGGCCAACUUCGGCGAGCAGCGCGCCGCCAAGAAAAUGGGAAUCGACAUGAUCGCCAUGGGCGACGGCUUCACCUGGCGCUCCAAGGACCUCGACAGCUCCGCCGACCUGGCCCGCGAGCACUGGGAAGGUUGCAAGGAGAUCAUCGCCAAGGGUGAAUACGACGUCGUGAUCCUCGACGAGUUCACCUACGCCCUCCACUACGGCUGGGUGCCGGUGGAGGACGCCCUGGAAGCGCUGCGCAAUCGCCCCGAGAUGAUGCACGUCAUCAUCACUGGCCGCAACGCGCCGCCGGAACUGGUGGAGUUCGCAGACCUGGUAACCGAGAUGACCCUGGUCAAACACCCCUACCACGAGGGCAUCAAGGCCCAGCCCGGCAUCGAGUUCUAG